GGGAGGGUCACGUGAGGAGGCGGCGGCGGCGGCUGCGGGACAGCAACAGGCGGAGGCGGGAGGUUCCGGGCCUGCGGGACGUUGAGAGGCCAGACUUUACUUCACCUCGAAGAUCCAAGUAAAAUAUGGCUUCAGCAUCCUCUCCAACGACAAAUUCCAAUUCUACACUUACCAAAUCAACAAAUAGAAAGGCACAUCAAACAGAAGAAGUACCGCUAUUAGAAGGAGAAGAUGUCAAAAGUAUAGAAAAAGAUGUGAUCUACAUUUGUCCUUUCAAUGGACCUAUAAAAGGAAUGGUGUUCAUUACAAACUACAGACUUUUCUUUAGACGUAUAGAACUGGAUCCUACGAUGACACUUGAUGUCCCACUUGGAGUGAUCAGUCGUGUUGAAAAGAUCGGUGGUCAAUCGAGCAGAGGUGAAAAUUCUUAUGGACUGGAAAUUACUUGCAAAGAUAUGAGAAACCUGAGGUUUGCUCUGAAACAGGAAGGCCGGAGCAGAAAGUCCAUGUUCGAAAAUCUAACAAAACAUGCAUUUCCUAUUUCAAGUGGCUUGCAAUUUUUCGCAUUUGAAAAUAGGGAACAAUAUUAUGAAGAUGGUUGGAAAGUUUAUGAACCAAUUGAUGAAUUUAAGAGGCAGGGGUUAUUCAAAGAAAAAUGUAAGUGGAAAAUCACCAACAUAAACCAGAAGUAUGAGCUUUGUGACACUUAUCCACCAUUCCUCGUGGUUCCAAUCAAUGUCAACAGUGAUGAUCUGCGCAAAGUAUCAGCUUUCAGAUCCAAAGCCCGGCUGCCGGUGUUAUCCUGGAUAAAUCCAGAAAAUCAGGCGGUUAUUAUUCGCUGCAGUCAGCCACUGGUUGGCAUGAGUGGCAAACGCAACAAAGAUGAUGAAAAAUACCUUGAUAUUAUUAGAGAAUCCAAUGGCCAGACGCAGAAGUUAACCAUCUUUGAUGCAAGACCAAGUGUCAAUGCAGUGGCAAAUAAGGCAACAGGGGGAGGCUAUGAAGGUGAUGAUGCCUACCAAAAAGCAGAACUUGUCUUCCUUGAUAUUCAUAAUAUUCAUGUCAUGAGGGAAUCACUGAGGAAAUUAAAAGAUAUUGUUUAUCCUACUGUGGAAGAAUCCCAUUGGCUUUCCAGUCUUGAAUCAACACAUUGGUUAGAACAUAUUAAGUUUGUUCUGACGGGAGCAAUUCAAGUAGCAGACAAGGUUUCAUCUGGGAAAAAUUCUGUAUUAGUGCAUUGCAGUGAUGGCUGGGAUCGUACUGCACAACUUACAUCACUUGCGAUGCUAAUGCUAGACAGCUACUACCGCACUAUAAGAGGUUUUGAAGUUCUUAUUGAAAAGGAAUGGAUAAGUUUUGGGCACAAAUUUGCAAUGCGAAUAGGUCACGGUGAUAAGAACCAUGCAGAUGCGGACAGAUCUCCUAUAUUCUUGCAGUUCAUUGACUGUGUGUGGCAAAUGACAAAACAGUUUCCUACAGCUUUUCAGUUUAAUGAGCAUUUCUUGAUCACCAUUCUGGAUCACCUCUACAGCUGUCGGUUUGGAACCUUCCUUUACAACUGUGAACAACAAAGGUUGAAGGAGGAGGUGAGAAAAGGAACUGUAUCCUUGUGGUCUUAUACAAAUAGUGAACUUGAGAAGUACACCAAUCCCUUCUACACAAAAGAUCAGCACAAUGUACUGUAUCCAGUUGCCAGCAUGAGGCACCUGGAACUCUGGGUCAAUUAUUACAUCAGAUGGAACCCCUGGAUUAGGCGACAGCAGCAUGAUCCAGUUCAGCAACGUUACAAGGAGUUGUUGGCUGUAAGAGAGCAGUUACUGAAGAGACUAGAAGAACUGGAAAUUUCAGAAACUCCCGGACAAAUUCUUCCACACAUUUCCAAUUCUACGGCUUCGCCUACUCCAGUGCCAGUAUCACCCCAUUCGCAGACUACUCUCUAAUAAGACAUAGAUUCUCAAAGAAUUCAGAAUGCUUAUAGUACUGAAUACUUUAUAGACUAUUUGAGGAAUUAAUAUGUAUUAUACUGCAGCAUGUUAAAGAAAUAUCUGGAUAGGGAUUUAUUUGCAUGAGUCAAUGCUAUAAUGCUUCUUUAUGCAAAAAGUGAAAUUAAUUAAAACUAUUUUGAUAAAUUACAUUAUUCUAAAUCAUGUUAGUGCCUUAGUUUAAAUGGUAGCAGGCUACCAUUUAAGUAGGGAUGAUGUCCUGUUCCAAAACCUUGUCUCUGCAGAACGGUGGUAAUGUUGAUGUUAUUAAUCACUGAAUGCAAAAAUCUCUGGAAUUGCUCAUCUCCAAUCUAUGUGAGUAGUGCAAACCAGAUGGACAGCUAUUAAGCUUGUAUAGUUUACUGGAGAGCUGACCUGGAAAUCCUGAUUUUAAACAGAAGGUUAAUGUAGCUUGCACUGUAAAUUGCUGAUUACAAACUACUUCCUACAUUGAAGGCAGUGCCAAAUUAGUAGUAUGACAGUACUACAUUGUACUACUAAUGGAGCACCGGGGCAGGCACCAAACAAAACGUACACCAGGCUAAAAAAAUAAAAUGUAUUUUUCUGCUAAUAUAGAUAGAUGGUCCGUUAUUUUUGCAUUAUUAAUUGUCAUCUUGUUUAUCAAAAUUGAAAACUUGAAUCAAGAUUUGAUCAAUAUUUCUAUCAACCUAUUUACAAUCUGAAGUCUGGCACAUUUUAUGAGUAACAUUUCUUUAAAUGUAUCAAUAUAUCAGGAAUAACCUGGUACUCUAGGAAUAUCUGGAUUCCUAGUGGAUUUUAGUUUUAAGUUCAGCUGCAAUUUGCAUAAACAGCUGGAAUGUUUCCCCCAUCCACUGUGCAUUGUUCAUACAAGAUGAAAAAAUGUUAUGUAGAAUUUAAACAGCAUUUAAAUUCAGUUUAUUUCCUAAAUUGUCAGAUAAUAUCUUUGAAAUGCUCAUUAUUCUCCUGAGCUCCACUGUUGCAGCAGCUGUUCUCAUUAAGACUAAUCACAACUAGUAUUCUGUGCAAUGUACCGUUUUGCACAAAUGUUGAUGGUCUCACAAACUAAUGUUUUAUUUUGAACAUCAGAAAUAAUUAAGUUUUUAGCAGUUACAUAUCAUUGGUCUCCAUUAGUUUGGGUCAUAGCAAUAGAUCUGAAGAUAACUGCAUUGUCCUCAGAAAUUUUGGCCUUCAUAUUUACUUUACUGGUUCACGCACAUGGCAGAUUUCUGUAAGGUAACCCACAAUGUAUUCAGAUUAAUGUUUUCAGUAAAGUGCAGUACACCUGUUUACAUUAUUGGACAUUAUUAUUUUCAAAUUUCUGUAUGAUGUUGGGUCAAUGUUUGAUCAUAUACAAAUGUUGUAAAAUGAGGAAUUGUCAUAUUAUUUUACAAAAGGACCAUUAAGUGUGAAAUUAUUAUGAAACUUCCUGUAUUGCCAUUAUCUUAAAACAGACUAGCACAAAACAAAGGGACAUUUCUAAUUUACGGUUCUGACUUAAAUUUACAUACAAUGGAAUUAGGUCAAUGAUUCAAAUGUGAAUAUUAGCCUGUUUUCCUGCAGGAGCAAAUUUGCUUCAAAUGGACUAUUCUAAAUGAAUUCAAUUAUUUUCUUGGUCCUUGCCAUUUAUACCUUAUUCCAUUGGGCCAAUGUUUUUGGUUCAGAUCUGUAUUUGUCUAGGGAUUAUACGUAACUAAGGUUCAAUGCUUCAUCCAAGCAGGUGAAUUGUUUUUGCUCUAGCUUUUAAAUGCAAUGCACAUGUGUAUUUAAAUCUACUCUUACAUUGUCUUUCAAUUUGAUCUGUUUGUUGUUACGAUGUAAAUGGAAUUUUGUGUUUUGUUGUUUAUGUUGUAGUUCUGAGUGUAAAUAUGCCUAAUUGUCAUUAAUCUGAAACUAAAAUCAAUAGAUGCUUGUCAGAAUUUAAAAUUGAUGUUAGGACACCAUUCUAUUAGUCAGAUUUAACCAGUGGAUAAAACAAUUGUAGCUGCUUCAGACCUGAACAUUUAGAUUGGUGUAAAUGGUAAUUUGUCAUGAAAUGCUUUAUCAGUCAGAUCUGUGCCAUUUUGAUCCAUCUGGUUGUAAAGUAUGUUUUCAGCCUUGAUUCUCUGGUCAUGCAAUUAUUUGCAGGAUUUUAGUGUUGUUGGGCCUGCUGUUAAUAAUUACCUCAAUUAAAAAUAUAAAAAUGCAAUUUUACUUCAGUGUAAAAUUUUGAGAUCAAAACUUGAUACUUUUACAUAUCUCAUAACGAGUGUUAGAUUUGGAUAGUCACUAAUAUUGUUCUUCGGAUAAUUAAGGUGGUGUAUAUUGUUAGAACAUUCCAUUCUUGCAGUAUUAGUCACUAAAUGACAGAGAAAUCAACACUCAGCAAACCAUUUUUACUUCUUAUUUCUCAUUUAAUUAGCAGGUUAUAGUAACCAAAGAAAGGCCUUUGAUCUGUGAGCAAUGAAGCAUUAGUGAAAACUUAAUUAAAGGGAAAGAUAUGUGGUGAUAAUUUAAAUAGUUACAUUAAAGCUGAUGCUUAUAGAAUCUAUUUAUAAAUUGUAUCUCAUGGCCAAAUUGAAACUCUUACCUUGUGUUCAAACGUCUCUCCAGGUUGUUGCUGGUCUGAAAUGCUGACCUGCUGUACACAGUAUGACCAAAAUGAAGUAUUUGAAAAAUUCCAAUAUAUUGCCUUGUGACUUUGUGUGUCCUCCAUUAAACACCCUUUUAUUUGAAA